CAUAGAUGGACAGAGAAGUUUAAAUUCACAAUUCUUCAAAAUAAUAGGGACAAUCCAGCAUUCGAUAAUUACAGAUGAAGAUUAAAGUACUUUUCAUAUUAGCUAUAACAUUUGGAUUUGCAAUUGGUUGCCAUGUGUACACACCUUCAGGGCACAUUCAAGGCUUUAUGAACGACGUCCAUGGAGAUCCUCUGGAGGUAUAUUUAGGCAUACCUUUUGCGGAGGCUCCAGUUGGAAAUCUAAGAUUCCAAAAACCAAAACCUGUGAGGCCAUGGAAAAAAACCUUGGAUGCCACCAAGUUGCCACCAGCCUGUGUCCAGUAUACGACAUAUCCUUUUCCUUGGGCUGACUCUCUGCCAGGCAAAAGUGAGGAUUGUCUUUAUCUGAAUGUUUAUGUCACUGUUGAUGCCGAAAACCGAAGUAAUUUGGCAGUUUUAUUCUGGGUCCAUGGAGGAGGAUUCACUUUUGGAUCCAGCCGGUUGGAAGUUUAUGAUGCGAGUGCACUGGCGGUCCAUGGAAAUGUAAUUGUGGUUACCACCAAUUAUCGAUUGGGCAUUUUUGGAUUUCUAACUUCUGGUACGGAAGAUGCGCCAGGAAAUGUUGGCAUGUACGAUAUAGUGAUGGCCCUGCAGUGGGUGAAUGACAAUAUCGAGUCAUUUGGCGGCGAUAAGAACCGAAUCACUUUGUUUGGCGAGAGUGCAGGAGCCAUGGCCAUCAGUUUGCUCUGUACUUCGCCACUCACUCAAGGUCUGUUCAGCAAAGCCAUUUUGGAGAGUGGGACAUCCAUAUUUCUGAAGUCCAACCAACUGAAACCUAAUCUGGCACUCACUCAGCGCCUGGCCGAAGCCGUCGGUUGCGCGUCUCAAGUUCAAACGGUUGAGAAUGAUCCGCAAUCUGUCGUUAGCUGCCUAAGAAGCAAAAAGGCCGCCCACCUUGCUCGUGUCCUUUGGUCAUUUAAUCCAACAGCAACGGCCUCCUUCUUCCCACAGUACGGAGAUGACCUGAUUCCCAGAAACUUCCUGGAUGAAAUGCGUGAGGGCAACUUUCACAAAUUCCCCCUCCUGAUCGGCAACACCAGAGACGAAGGAUCAUUCUUGGUUACCACAGCGGAACCUGAAGUAUUCGGAUUCUUUGGUGAUAAGAAUCCCAUCAUCAACAAAACUCACGCGGAGAACAUGAUUCGAAGUAUUUUCGGCAGCUUUGAUGAUCCUGAAAAAUAUGUUAAAAACUAUUUAGGUAGUGUACCAGGCGAUGACUAUGACGCUAUCAAUAGGCAAGUUUACACUGCAUACGGGGACAGCUAUAUUUUGUGCGAGACAGUUUACUUUGCCGAGAGUUAUGCUGAUAGAGAGAAUGAUGUCUACUAUUAUUUGUUCUCUCAUAGACCUAGGAACUCCGUCUGGUCACCUUGGGCGGGGGUGGCACACACUGAGGAGAUCCAAUUUGUCUUCGGGCGCCCAAUAAGAAAGCCCCUGCUUUAUGAACCUGCUGAGGUGGAACUGAGCCAGAAAAUGAUUGAAAUCUGGACAAACUUUGCAAAAAAUGGGGUCCCGAGCGAAUCUUUUGAUUGGCCAAAAUACUCCAAGGAAAAUCCCACUUUUGUUCAUAUCGAUACAGACUUCAAGGGAGACAAUUAUGGAACUGGUCCUCAUCUUGAAAGCUGCAAUAUUAUGAGAGACUAUUUUGGAUUUUAAAUUUUCAUUCAUGCUGUACUACGAGAUACAUAUAAUGCAUGUUCUUCAUAACUUAUCAUUGCUAUUCAAGAAUUUUACUGCUUAAAGUUUCUGUGCAAUAUUUGGAAAUAUUUCUGUACCAUUUUGAACUUUCAUAUAAAAUGGUUUAUUACAAGGAUCGCAUAUAUCGAAGCAUCACAGAUUUUUAUUUUUAAUAGAAAACUUUGAUAAAUAUGAGAAAAUAUUAAAAACAGAAGAAUAAAAUAUAGACAUGAAACAACUGGCAUUUGAAAUAAUGAGUUAGACAAUAACAAAAAAUGAUAUUUUUAUAAGAAUACAUAAACAGUUGAAUUAAUGAACCUAAAACUACCUUCUAAAUGUACAGGUCUGCAUUAAAUUUUGAACCCAAUUUGUAUAUCAGUCUAUAGCAUCGUAAAAACGAUAAUUUCAAAACUCAACGAAUUACAUCAAUGGAGUUUGGAAUAUGAUCUUGGAAUUAAAACAACUAUUCCUUACCAAAUUUAGUUUCAGUCGGAUGAUAAAAAGGAUCCAAAAUACAUGUAUGGCUUCUUCCUUAUAUUACCAAGUAUAAAACACUCAUGUGUAGGAAUAAGAAAAUAAUUCUGAACACACGUGGUACCUAGGGAUUGCAAUACCGUGAUACCGAAUACCGGUAUUUUGAUCCAUUUAUGCAAUUUUGUAAUACGGGUUUUCACAAGUUUAAAUACCGGUUUUUCGGUAUUGACUAGAAAUUUUUAAAAUUGUCUCCACUAUAUGUUCAGGUAUCGCCAACAUAGCAAAAUAGUAUACGUUUUUGUUUUUAUGUCUCCCUAACGGGCGAAAUUAAUUAGAUAAUUAAU